AUGCUCAUAAUCCUCGCUAUACUCCUUCAGGCCUACAUCAGUGCAGCUGAUUCCUCUUUCAAGACACUGUGCGGAGACAAGGAUGGAAUGAAUGAUGAAAUCAGGCAGAUGUUCGUCGAUAAGCACAAUGAUUAUCGAUCGCACAUAGCAAGAGGAAAGGCCCCGAACGGUGCUUCAGGUACUACACUCCCUCAAGCGGCCGCCAUGAUGAAAGUGAAAUACAGCUGUGAAAUCGAGGAUGACAUGAUGGAUUGGCUGAAAAAAUGCAAAUAUGAGAGCAAUCCUUGGACUUGGCGUAAAUGGUGGGGGCAGAGUUUAUGGAAAACUUCAAAGCUCAACAUGAACAAGACCCAAGCUGCGAAAGCCUGUGUCAGGGAAUGGUAUGAAGAAGUGAAAAAAUACGGUGCACCUCAGGAUUUGGUGUUGACCUUGGACAUUGCCUUUGCAAGAAAUAUUACUCGUUUUACUCAGAUGGCCUGGCAGUCAAGCUAUGUGAUUGGAUGUGGAGUAGUAUGGUGCAAUGACAUGACUUUCGCGGGAUGUGAAUACGCUCCAUUUGGUAACAUGGUUGACGACGAGAUUUACACGCCAGGUGCCCCAUGCAAAACGGAUGAUGACUGCAUUCAGGAUGGUCGCAAUCCUCCCGAGGCGAAAUGCAGCCCAUCUGAAGCACUCUGCUACGAACCAUGA